CCAAAAAUGGCUUAUUCAAAGACAAUGAUAUACCUAGCGAUGACAGGAAUGGUCCUGUCUGGCGCUGGCAGUGGGAUUGCAAUUAAACUCACGAAUUCCACAGUUUCUCUAGGCUCAGAGUUCCACCACCCGUUCUUUCAAUGCUUAACCAUGUUCCUAGGUGAGGUGUGUUGCAUGGUAUUUGCUUUUUAUUCAAGAUAUCAAGAUAAGAAAAAGUAUGGAAGCUUUGAUAAAACUCCUGAAUAUAUCGAAGCAGAACAGAAGGGAAUGAAGGUGAAAUACAACCCUCUUGUACUCGCUAUUCCAAUGCUCUGAGACUCUUUAGCAAGUUUGACAGUCAUGAUUGGCUAUAUUCACAUUGCCGCAAGUAUUGCACAAAUGAUUGGAUCAUUCAUUGUUUUCGUAACUGCAGUUGAAGCUAUUAUUUUCUUGAAGCAAAAACUCUAUAAGCACCACUAUGUAGGAGCCUUCCUCGUGGUCUUCGGGAUUAUCUGAGUCGCUUAUGCUGCAUUUUCAACUGAAAAUGAAGUUGCUAAUGGGAAUACAUUUAUUGGUGUUACAGCAAUGAUCAUCUCUGCAAUCAUGCAAGGUACACAAUUCGUCAUUGAAGAUAAAAUAGUAAGGACUUACUAUUCAGAUUCAUUCGAAUUCGCUGGCUGGGAAGGGAUCUGGGGCACACUUCUGUGUCUAAUCGUUCUUCCUAUAUUUCAAUUUAUUCCUUGUGAAGGAGAGCUGUGAAGUGAUGGAUAUAUCGAAAACUCAAUUUUUGCUCUUCAGCAGAUUGCAAACAGCCCAAGAUUGAUAUUUUUAACUAUUUUCACUAUUUUGAUAAUCUGAGCAUAUAAUGGCAUCGGCCUCUUAGUCACUAAAAUGGUGUCUUCACCGAACAGAGUCAUUCUGAGACAAAUCAAAAUAGUUGUAAUCUGGAUAUUUUUCCUGAUAUAUCCGUACGAAGGAGGUGAAUCAUUCAAAAUCAUCCAGCUAAUAGGCUUUGCAGUACUCGUUUUUGGUGUUUUCUUGUACAACGAAGUCAUUAUAAUCCAUCAUUGCGGUCUUGCCGACCAUCUCUCCAUCCAAAAGGACAAAGAAGACGUGCACAGUGAAAACUACAUUGAAUUCCAAGACUCUAAUGCACCCCCAAAUCAGCCCUAAUUCAAUCUUAGCCA